CCCAACCCGGAUGUUUUGCUUCACGACAACCCGAAUAAUCAUUUAGCAAUAUGCAUUGCAUUUUUUUCGUUAAAAUGAAACAGACUUCGUUGUAACGGAUGGACGAGCGUUACGUUAAGUGUUAACUAACCCGUGUUUUGAAAUAAACGAGCAGCAGUCCCUAUUUCUCGUUUGGCUUCAGCAGACUCAAAAACGACCAUGAACAAUCUCAAUUCGUGACGUUUCUGAACACAUUUGGGGUCUCCGUCUCUUCCUGCAGGAUGCUCCGAGAGUCGUAUCCCUUCGCGGAGGACAGCUUCAGCCGGUUCCCGUCGCAGAGCAACAUUUACGGGCUGUGUCAGGCCGGGGAGCAGGAGCUGUUGGCGGCCACCCUCAAAGGGAAGGUGGUGUGUUUCAGAUACCAGGAGCUGCAGCAGAAGAUCCGACCUGUGGCCAAGGAGGUUCAGUUCACCUACAUCCCAGUUGAUGCAGAGAUCGUGUCAAUCGAUGCCUUUAACAAGUCUCCUCCCAAAAGAGGCCUGGUGGUGGGCAUCACAUUCGUAAAGGACUCUGGUGACAAGGCCACGCCGUUCCUCAAUAUCUACUGUGACUACGAGCCUGGCUCAGAGUUCAACCUGGAGUCCAUCGCACAGAGCUGCCUAAAUCUGGAGUUGCAGUUCACGCCCUUCCAUCUCUACCACACAGAAGUGCAGUGUGACGACGCAGACAGAGAGACGGUGUUUCUGCUCAGCGGGCACGACCAGAGGAUCCACCUGUACAAGGAGAACGCCUCCCUCCACCAGUUUGAAGAGCAGCCGGUGGAGAGACUCUUCCCUGAACUACAGCAACUGCCUAGCAAUGUGCUAUGGUUGGACAUGUUGAGCAUCGCCGGUGGACGGCGACUCUCUGCGUUUGGCUGUCAGAAUGGCUGCGUUGGACUGGCGCUGGUCAACCAGACAGGACCAGAGGUUUUGCAGAGCUGGCGCUUCCAGUUUGACAGUCCGAUCUCUUCGGUGCUGCUGUUCCCUCUGAGCUGCCCAACCGAGCCCGACCAGCCCAGCGGAGAGAAAAGUGUGGAAAUGGAAGGCUACAAUCUUCUGGUAACCAGUACCAUAGAGAUGGCAGUUGUCUACAGAGAUGUUCAGGAGCGAGGCUUGUCUCACUCGGUGUGCCUCUCAGAGAGCGACCAGUGGGACGCAGUGCUCUGCGCUCUGGUCAUUGACCUGGAUUUUGACGGGCAGAAGGAGGUGCUGUUGGGAACAUAUGGGCAGGAACUUCUUUGUUACAAAUUCCAGCCGGCAGGGAAAGGACAAGACGAACAGUUUCAGUUGCAGUGGAGGCGGAGCUUCAAGAGUCCUCUGCUGUCCAUCAUCUACUUGGACUUGACCGGGGACGGGCUGAGAGAGCUGGCUGUCCUCACGCUGAAGGGGCUUCACAUCUUACAGCACUCUCUCACCAGCACUGCCGAUUUGGUCCUCGAGCGGCUCGUCCUCAGGGUGUUGGCACUCACGGCCAGCGCCGAGCCGGUGUCGGUUGAAGAGCGGGACACCGAGGAGAAAGAUGCUGAGGAAGAGGAGUGUGCAGCUCAGACCCCAUCCACUUAAGAAAAACAGUGCGUUUGUGGGGGAAACACACUGAUGAAAAACGUCCCGAAACGUCCUGAUGGAUGAGACUGAGACGCGUUUUUCCGCAUCGACACGUGGAACAGGAAGGACUUUCUCCACUUUCCUCGACAGUUCCACUUCCAGACAAUAACGUUCCACUCCGCUCUGUGGUCGAACACGAUGGUGUUUUAGUCUUCUGCAGAUAAUAAAUCACCGUUGGUUCUGUUCACUCUCA